AUGACUUCCUACGUCUCUGCGAGCCAAGCGUACGAACGCGAGAGGACCCCUACCACUGAUACCUAUUCUAAUACUUCCUCGAGUGGAUGGUCCGAGAGAUAUAGAGGGGUAUGUAUCGCCCUUGAUUUCGGUGGUUUCAAUAUUAUACCCUCGCUCGCAACAACAUUCUCUUUACAGACUUCCAUGUUCUACUACCCCAACUUGUUGCUGAUACUAGCCACAAUAUUGCAGGCUACUGUGGAAGACUUGGACCCACCGGCUGCGCUCUCAACAUCUCCUCAUGAUCUCAUUUCAUCUGCACUACUUUCAGCAUAUGAGCGCGAUUACACCCACUUGACUGUGAUAUCAUCAGAUUCUCGCUCUCUUCUUGGUUAUCUCUCUAUUCCGCGGCUUAAGUCACUCUUAAAAUCGGGAGUAGUAUCCGAAUCCGACCCAGUUGAGAAGGCUAUGCUGAAAUUUCGGCGGAAAGGCCAUGUUUACCAAGUUAUAACUAUGGAUACGCCUCUUGAAGAGCUAGAAAGGUUCUUUGACGGGAAGUUACAUCCUGCUGAACCUGGUAAGGAGGCACAAAGACAGGAUUUUGCAGUAGUUACUGAUGCUAGUCGCAAAUUUGUUCUCGGAGUUGCCACCAGAGAGGAUUUGGAGCAGUUUGUUAAACGGCGGCCUACCUAA